GGCGCAAAUUAGCAGCGCUUGAAGUUACUCGGCUCGGAAGAUCGGACGGAGUCGACUCGGGAUCGUGAUCUCCCGCGAUUCCCCCCAAAACCCUCGUCAAUCUAAAUUCUCUGAUUUUUGUCUGGAAAUUCCUUCCUUGGUCCUCGAUUUCAGGUCCAGAAAGCGAGUUUAGGUCUAAUCUCCGGGCUUUUCAAUUCGAAUUUCGGUUUUUUGAUUCUUGAUUUUUGGUUCCAAUGGCGGCGAGGAAUCGGACCGUACAGUUCCGAAAGCACAGGGACGCCGUGAAGAGCGUCCGAGCUCCUUUGUCUUCGUCCGCGGUGGCGUCGGGUGGUCCGGUUAUCGAAAUGGUGAGUGCUUCGCUUCUCGGUCCGAAUCGAUCUUCUUACGCUCCUCUUAGCACGGAAGAGCCAGGUCCUUCUAGUUCUAGAAGGGAUGCGUUUACUGUGCGUUUACCGCCGGAUUGGGUGGAUGAUUCUGAAGAAAUAGCUGUGAAUAUCCAACGUGCUCGGAUCAAAAUGGGCGAGUUAGUUAAGGCUCACGCAAAGGCUUUAAUGCCCUCCUUUGGAGAUGGCAGGGAAGAUCAACAUACAAUUGAGACUCUUACACAAGAGAUUACAGAUUUGUUGAGAAGGUCGGAGAAGAGAUUACAGAAAUUUUCAGCUAGUGGGUCCUCGGAGGACUCUAAUGUGAGGAAAAAUGUACAGCGAUCACUUGCAACAGACCUUCAGAACCUCUCAAUGGAUCUAAGGAGAAAACAGUCGACAUACUUGAAAGGUUUGAGGCAGCAAAAGGAGGGACAUGAUGGGGUUGACUUGGAGAUGAACUUGAAUGAUAAUAGAUCUAGAUUGGAAGACGAUGAAUUUGGAGACAUGGGCUUUAACGAGCACCAAAUGGCUAAGCUGAAGAAGAGUGAGCUAUUGACAGAGGAAAGGGAGAGAGAAAUCAAACAGGUUGUGCAAUCAGUAAAUGAACUUGCUCAAAUCAUGAAGGAUCUCUCGAGUCUGGUGAUAGAUCAGGGUACAAUAGUCGAUCGGAUUGACUACAAUAUUCAGAGUGUUUCUGCAUCGGUUGAGGAAGGUUUGAAACAGCUUCAGAAGGCAGAGAGAACACAGAAGCAAGGAGGAAUGGUGAAGUGUGCAACGGUGCUAGUUAUCAUGUGCUUCGUUAUGUUAGUCCUUCUGAUACUCAAGGAGAUCAUCUUGUGAUUUUCACUCGCAGCCUAAACCUAUGAUAAACAUAAUACAGUGGAAACCGAUUAUAAUUUUUGUAAGCUGGUGUAAGAGAAUGGGGCCAGAGUGGACAUUUUUUUUUUUUUUUUUUUUUUGGAAAAAGAAAAAGGAGAAAUUUACUCUGGUUUUGCAAAUUGAAAGAAGGGCUGUGCAAUAGCAAAUGGAUAACUUUGUAAUAAUUCGUUCAUUCAAAUUUCAAAUAUAUCAAUCAGUGAAAAGGCAUAUUAUAUGGUAA